AUGUUGCCUCUUCACCACCGCCACCACUACCACCCUGCUCGCGCUGUCACGAUGAUGGUCUCGACGACGUACUCAUCUACGCGAGCGGCGACAGCUCCAACGCAGCUGAUCCUUCGCGGCACACGCGAAGGCGACCUCGCCGCCACACUCUCUGCCCAGAGAACACCCUCUUCUUCUCGCUGCGCCAAAGCUGGGCGGCUGCCGCUAUUCACAUGGUCCGAUCUGGUCGCCAUCGUCAGCACUGGCAACCUGCAGCGUCUCGCGCGCCACCCCGAAGACCUGCGCGAGUACUUCGCCUGGAUGGACUCGGUCAAGCUCUCCUACGGCUCCGUACAGUCGUUCAUUCUUGCCGAACGCCUCACAGCAUCCUACCUCCUCGAUCCUCCGCCUGCGGAGAGCGACACGGCGGCGUGUUUCAAGGGCUCAUUCGAGCCAAGUCGCGAGUGCCAGAUCCUGGUCAAUGACUGGCCCUACUCGGUGCCCACAGACGUGAUCCACAAUGUCGUCUGGUCGUAUCGCCCGAUUCUGCACCGCAGUCUGGUAGCGGGGACGGAAAAGGCGGUGGAAGAAGCAGCUUGGGCCGUGGUUGCAAAGCGCGGUCUGUGCGGAUCGCUGUCGAAGCACGGCCUGGUCGUACCUUCGUUACAAGACCAUGCGCAGCAUGUACCGGACUUGCACGGCCUUGUAGGCACGUGUGGCGAGCAAGAAGCGGAGGCAAAGGUGCACGGUGCUUUGAGGAACGCUUGCAGAGAGAUCGUCGCAUUCGUAGAAAAGCACUGGGACUUGGAUAUGUGCGAGGUGGUCUUCUUCGCCAACCCGCCAAGUUUACAGUCGGUUCCCUCGCUUGCACAUUUUCACGUCCUUGUUCGUCCCCUAUAG